AAAGGCGAGAAGCGGUUGUGUUUUCUGAUUGGCUGAGCGCUCCGUGGCAGUUGGGGCGCGAAAAGCUAAUGACGGUUCGAGGCUGUGGUAGGAAUUACGUUUUCCUCAGAUUCGAGGCCAGGGCAGACAUAUUGGAAGGGAAGGAAGACCCCAAGGUGUGGCAGAAGAUUCUGGAAAUAAACUAAGGAAGCCAGUUUAUGGAUCUCGUGAACUGUCCUAGGGCUCCGAAAGGCUUCUGAAUAUGGAAGGACCCUUGAGGCCCAGACUAGCUAAUUCCAGUGACUUACAGUUUGGAGCGGUUGCCACAGAGACCAUCGAAAACGCGCUGCUUCACUUGGCCCAGCAGAAUGAGCAAGCCGUGAAGGAGGCUGCGGGACGGAUGGGCAGCUUCAGGGAGAGCCGGAUCGUGGAGUUUGUUUUUCUCCUGUCUGAACAAUGGUGUCUGGAGAAAUCUGUGAGCUACCAGGCUGUAGAAAUCCUAGAAAGGUUUAUGGUGAAGCAGGCAGAGAACAUCUGUCAGCAAGCCACAAUCCAGCCGAGAACUAAGACCGAAUUGCAGAACUGGAGGGCUCUGAAAGAGCAGCUUUUCAACAAGUUUAUCCUCCGCUUGGUGUCAUGUGUUCAGCUGGCCAGCAAACUGUCUUUCCACUACAAAAUAGUCAGCAACGUUACAGUCCUGAACUUCCUCCAGGCUCUUGGUUAUAUGUGUACCAAAGAAGAACUACUGGAGUCAGAGCUUGAUGUCUUGAAGUCCCUGAACUUCCAGAUAAAUCUGCCCACUCCUUUGGCAUAUGUGGAGAUGCUCCUUGAAGUUCUAGGGUACAAUGGCUGCUCGGUCCCAGCCACACAACUACAUGCAACUUGCCUGACCCUCCUUGACCUGGUCUAUCUUCUGCAUGAACCCAUCUAUGAGAGCCUGUUGAGGGCUUCAAUUGAGAAUUCUACGCCCAGUCAGCUGCAAGGGGAGAAGUUUAUCUCUGUGAAGGAAGACUUCAUGCUGUUGGCAGUUGGAAUCAUUGCAGCAAGUGCUUUCAUCCAAAACCAUGAAUGCUGGAGCCAGGUUGUAGGGCAUUUGCAGAGCAUCACUGGCAUCGCUUCGGAAAGCAUUGCUGAGUUCUCUUAUGCAAUCCUGACUCACAGCGUGGGAACACACACUCCUGGGCAACAGCAGCCUGUUCCCCACAAGGCAGCCAGAGCUCUGAGGACUGCUGCUUCCUCUAACACAUGAGGCUGGCUAAACCCCAGACACAGCCUUCUGUCACUGUAUUCUCCUUCUCUUUGUUUACUUCCAUUCUCAGGGUACAAAAGUUCCAAGUUUCCUUUGGACAGUAUUUUGUAUUCCAAUUUCAGGCACUUUUUUCCUACAUUAGAGACAGUUAUGGUGGACAAACACAUCCUUGUAUGUUCAUAGCAGGCUAAAAACAUCAAAGAAUUGGAGAGUUAGUUAUGAAAUUGGUUCAUUUUUGUUUGACAAGACAUUUAAGUUUUCCUAAUUUAAUCUGAUUAUCGGAGAACACCAGAUAUAUAAGUAUUACCCAGGGUUUUAAAACAGACUUUUGGAUGGCCUUGGCUGAGUAUCUCAGAAGUAGCCUUCUUCUCUUGCUCCCCUACAACUGUUCGUCUGUCCAUCCUUCCGUCCUUCCUUUCUUCUUCUUUUUUUUUUUUUAAAGAUAGAAUCUCACUAUUUGGAUGUGGCUGUCUUAGAACUCACUAUACACACCAAGCUGGGCUGGAAUUCAGAGAUCCACUUGCCUCUGCCUCCUGAGUUCUGGAUUAAAUACCAUCAAGUCUGGUUACUAUUUCAUUUCAUUUUAUUUUUUUAAACUAAAACAUUUUUCAACAGAAUUUCUACAAAACUGACUGGAACUCAAUUCUUCCAGAAUAUAAAAUACUCAAUUUUAAAGAAAAACUUACCGUCACAUCUCUUGGUAAUUAAUAGACCAUAGCAAAUCCUUUAUUACAAAUAAUUAAAUCUUUCCAUGUCUCAAACAGUACCAAACAGCAUUUUGUAAUCCUAACAGACAGUAGAGUAGGCAUUUAAUACUAGAACUGCGUGAGGAAAGAGUUAGACUUCCGGCAUCCGACCUGGUGUCCUUUCCCACCUCAUCCAAAUGUGUACCACUAAUAUCAUCUCAAAACGUUCCUAUUUCAUAUUAUAAGUGCAGGAAGUCGAGAGAGAUAAAAUCCAGUGAAAACACAUCAGUGUCAAUCAACUAACUUAAAAAAACAAAGUGAAUGUCAAUUAGUUGUUUUCAAGGGAAUGGCAAAAGGGAAGCAUGGGAUUGAGUCAAACUAUGGCAAUGGCUGUUUGCUAUCCACGGCAUCUUGUAGCUCUGGAAACUGUCACAUGAUAUUUUAAAAUAAAGUGGCUUUUGUCUCUUUUGGUAUUGUAAA